UGAUGUCAAUUUUCUGUCUCACUGCGACUUUGAGUUUUGUUUUUUUUCUCGUGUUUUACUCAUCGGCUCGCCUAUCUGGUAAAAAUAAUAAUUACUUUUCGUCGCAAAGAGUUCCACACAAUUCCAAAUAAUGGCCAACGAUGAAGAAGCUCAACCAUGUACAAAUAUAUUAGAUUUGCCGGAUUGUAUGAUCGAACAAGUUUUCGAAUAUCUGACCUACGAUGAAAUUGCGAAGAAGCGGAUUGUCUGCAAAACAAUUGAUCGAGUUUGUCAAUCAUUGUUGAAUAGAGGUUUUAUGAAAAUGAUUAAGAGGCAUAAUGCAAACCUUAAAGCAAUCAAAUCACAACUCCCAAGACGGGAGUCUGAGCGCAGGAAUCAUCCUCUAGCAAAACAUUCAGACAUAUUAACCUGCAUCGAAACAAGGAUCUCAAUGCUCUCGAUGACAUACUCAAAGUAUAUCGAUAAAGAUUUGUGCUGUUUUAUUCCCGGGAAAGUAAUCGAUGAGGUGUUCAACAUUUUGAAGCUGAUUGAAAGUACCAAUAAGCCGCUCAGGGCGCACGAAGUGUUGCAGGAACUGAGAGACAUAUCCUCGAUGGCAAUUGAACAUUUCGAUGAAAACAUUGCUCACAGACUGAAACGGAUCAUGGGAGUUCAUCAUUCGAGCGGAGGCCAUUUGCCGUUUCCAUCACCUGGUUUUAUCCAGAACGAAGUUGUUCUGCCAUGCGAUGUUAAUGGGGAGAAGCUGAUCUUGCCAACGCUAACACCGAUUUCUCCCCACAAAUCUCCAUCUCAGCAGCUGUAUUGCCACCAAAGCACUUCGGCAUGUAACGCGAGCCGAAUCAAUAAUGCAUCAAUCGCUCAGAUCACUUACAAAUCGCGCCAAAUGAGACUCAACAUCACCAAAAUUGUAAGCGCUAUGCAGAGCUACAAGAAACACAUCAAGAAAAUGCGCUCCCAGAUAAUGCGCAACAGCAGUGAAAUAAAGGAUCUCCGCCGGCGACUCGAAGAGUCGGAAACCAAAAAUCGCGAACUGAUAGCGAACAUCAACCAGCUCAGCUUCGGUGGUCCAUCAACCUCGGACCUGGCUUCCGCAUCCACUGCGGAACCGCCGAUUUCAACGCGAUCAAUAAUCGUAAAGCCUACGCCUACGCGGAACAUUAAGCCACGCUCCGCCGCUAUAAUACUCAAACGAGUUCUCGUCGAAACCGAGAGCCUUGGCGUUUCUGCAUCCGCUGCUAUGUUGCCAUCUGCAUCGUCUCAAAUGGACUCGGACGAACAUCUGCCGAGUAAAGCUAAAAAAUCAAAGUCUCUCCUGGAUUAACUGUAUACGGUUUAAGGUAGCGAAAAUAAUUUUUUUUUGCUGGGAAGUAACGAAAAGUAUACCGCGAUUAAAGUCGACAUUAAUUGAGUUAAGACAGAGAUAGAACCUAAUUAGUUAUUAGCGAACCCCUUAAAUAAGUAUAUCCAUUUCACGGAAUUAUUACUAAAUGUGAAACAUUUUUACAUAAACGCAAUGAAUGUCUCGUGCUAACUGCAUACUAUUAAUUGCACUAAUAUGUAUAAGGCGUUGUAGUUUUUAACUAAUUCAUUGCGUUGAGUGUAGAAACUACGCAAAUCUCAUAUGUGAAAUAUAUUUGGAGAAAUCUCGA